UCCAGUUGGUGAAAUGGCUCCCAAGUUGGUACGGUCGGCGAUCAGUGUGUUCUUUGAGUACGAUACCCCGAGGAUUGUUCACAUCAAAAGCAAGAAAGUUGGCUUCGUAAAUAGGUUUUUACAAGCGUGUGUUAUUGGAUAUGUCAUAGGCUAUGCUAUUGUUUGGCAAAAGGGCUACCAGAGUUUUGAGGAUGUCCAGAGCGCAAUAACUGUGAAGGUGAAGGGUGUGGCAUUCACCAACCUCACAGGUGUCCCCCCCGAAGGUGGGCCUCGGAUCUGGGAUGUUGCCGACUAUGUUGUGCCCCCUCAGGAGAACAAUGCCUUUUUUGUGAUGACCAAUAUGAUAAUCACACCACAGACUCAGGACAUAUGUGACGAGGAACUUGGAGUAAAAGGGGCCAUCUGCACAUCGGACAGUCAAUGCCAUGCGGGCAUUGCGUUACCAGGUGGAAGCGGUGUAAUGAACGGCAGCUGCAUACCUUCCUCAGAGAAUGCAACCCUCAAGACGUGUGCUAUAUACGCUUGGUGUCCAGUUGAACGGGAUAAACUACCAAGUAAACCAGUGUUACUGGCAUCAGGAAAUUUUACAGUUUUUAUAAAAAAUAAUAUAGAGUUUCCCAGGUUUGCAGUUAAAAGGCGAAACCUCUUGAACUUUAUGAACGAUAGUUACCUGAAGACAUGCCGUUACGAUCCCAAUGAUGAAGACAAUGACAUGUGCCCCAUAUUUCGCAUUAGAAAGAUCAUUGAUGACCUUCAUGGAAACUUCACUAGUGUUGCUAGCCAGGGCGCAGUUGUCCAGAUUCUUAUUCACUGGGACUGUGACCUUGACUACGAUGUUGAGGACUGUGUUCCUGCGUAUGGGUUCAGGAGACUGGACAGUGAGGAUUAUAAAGUAUCGAAGGGUUUUAACUUUAGAUUUGCCAGUCAUUUUUUGGAGAAAGGUGUUCCUAAAAGAACGCUGACAAAAGCAUAUGGAAUUCGGUUUAUUGUAUCUGUUCAAGGAAGAGCCGGCAAAUUUGAUAUUGUGCCGCUGAUGCAGAACAUAGGAAGUGGUUUAGCUCUGCUGUCCAUUGCAACUAUUAUAUGUGACAUCUUUGUGCUGUAUAUCCUAAAAGCAAGAUCAUUGUUCCGGGACAAGAAAUAUCUCACCGUCACAGGAGAUGAUGCAUAUUAUGAGGAGGAACUUCUAAAAUCUUCCCGAGAGCUCACUGGUCACACGCAGUAUGGCUCCACGCCUAACAACAACUAACAAAGCUUUCUCAUCUUCUCACUAAUCAAGCAUUUGGACGAUGAGCGAAAUGAAUCUCCUGUUCAGCAACCUGGCAUAGCUGACACUUCAUCAAAAAAUUUAAAUCAAGAUGACUGACAGAAAUAAGUAUAAAACAUUCCAUCACUUGCUUGCAGUUCACUGCGAUACAAGGGUAGUAAACAAUGGCAGUAUAAUUUAGUGACUGACUGGUGAUAGCUGAAGGAAACAUUUUGUUGUUGAGUAAACAUUAUGUAAAUGAACAUGAUAUGAAUUGCAAACAUUUUAUGUAAACAUUGUAUAAAUGAACAUUAUUGAGUACAGUAAACAUUGUAUAAAUGAACAUUAUAUGAACUGCAGACUAUAAGUUUUAAACUGGAAAUAUUGCUGUAUGAUCAGGUAAUUUCACAAUGUUAAAUAUAUCAUCAAGCUUGCUUUCCUCGGGCCAAACUGUAGUAAUCUGAGCUGUCUUUCCUGGACAGUGGAUAAUACUUAUUUGUUGAUGGUUAGUAAGAGUGAAAACCUGCCUGGAUAUCAUAAUGGUUAAGCCUUUGGUCUGCAAUUAAGUCUGGUAGAUACUGGGUACCCCAGUACUGGCUCCCACCCAGAGAAAGUUGUAACAGUUACAUGGGUAACUCUAUGGUCACUAUACAGACCUCUCUUACUAAACAUUAACCCCUAUCCUGGAUACACAACCCAGAUAGCUGCGGUGUGUGCCCAGGACAGUGUACUUGAACGUUAGCUGGAUAUGAACAUAAAAAUAAAUUGAACACAGACGCGAACACAGACGACAUGUUAAACAUAACGCACGAUCGUCUUCCUUAGCCAGCUUGACAUUGCAAGUCCUGCCUACCCCAGGACACGAGACCAGUGUAAUUGGAAAAGCUAUUUUAAAAAUAAAAAGGGCCAGUGAACCCGGUCAAGGAAAACCAACGAAAAUAAAAUUGUGGUGUUAAUUACCGUACCCGUUCACAAUAAUUUGCUGAACACAUUAGUGUAUCGCAAGGUUUGUCAAAAGACAAUAAAAAACUAUAAGGAAUGAGCAAAACAUUCAAGAGAGUUCAAUGAAUAAAGUAAACCUUGUUCUCUCAAUGGCGAGCCAAGAGUAAAAGAGGCUGAUGGUAUGAACGUGCAGCCGGUUUGGAUGUAAUCAGAACAACAACGUGGACCGGUAUCAUAUAUGAUGUAGAAAAUGUUUUCCGUUUCGCCUUCAGGCUCAGUAAAGUUGUUAUAUUUGGCUAUAUGGAUGGGCUAACUAAUGUCUAACCCAGUGUUUAUUGUCGUUAAGUAUUGAAAUAGAAAUGGUGUUAUUCAAUUGGUUUUUGUGUUAAAAUAUUUUUAACGUGGUAGGCUUUUAUGUUGUAUAAAUGCAGUCAAUGAUAGCCACCGAUAGUGAUAACAAAUGCAUUUAAAACUCUACCUGUUUAUAUUUUGCAUCAUUCAAUUAUAUUACAAUAUGGCGAGAUGAGUUUAUUAAAACUGUAAAUGUGUUUGUAUUGUACUUUAUUAAAUGAUUACACUAUGGCAAGGCGAGAUUGUAGCUUUAAACGAUGUUGGUAAUUUGUUGUAUAUAUGCUUGUCAAAUGAUUUUAUUCGGCAAGAUUCAAACAUGUUUGUAUGUACAUGUUAUGUACGAGUAAUGAAAUGUUUCCUAUGUACAUGUUAUGUAUAAGACGAAUGAAAAUAUUCAUCUCUGAUAACGUAACCUCCUGUACAUGGUAUUAUGGCUGACAGCAGGAGUGUCGGACACAAUCAUUUUGGUCUCAUACACAAUAAAUAUAUCAUAUUCGAUGGUAUUUUUUUUAAAUAUAUAUUUGACAUAUAUUGUUUUUUUUCUUUUUAAACUUAAAUUGUUUUUUUCCCUACACUUUAGAAAAAGAAAAUGUACUGAGAUGUAAACACCGUUCUCUGCUCAACAUGGAACUGAAAGUUAUAAUCAAAGGAAGGCUAUAUUAAGGCUUUUUGACCACUAC